ACUAGUGUCCUUCUGUUUACUUCACUUGAAAUGAUGAUGUGAGACCGAAACCGCUAGCUAGCUAGCCUAGCUAAAGUAAGGAAGACCUGAAAAGAGAUGGGGAUAAAAACGCAUGGUAUUGGGGGACAUAGUGAUGGGUCUCCUUUUACGUUUCAUCUCUGUUCUCACUUGUUUGCUGUAAAACAGCCGUUAAAUUCUCACAGCGGCGUUAGCCUGUUAGCAUGCUAGACUAGCUUCAGGGGGUUUGUGUUUCGGUGUGGUUUGAUAUGGCAGAUUGGAAACUCCUCAACACUCGCCACCGCUGGGAUUCUUUUCUAAUUUACCCCUUCUUAAUAAUACUCAGUCGUUGUUAAAAAAGACCGGGCUUGUAGGUUAGUAAACUAGCCAUCGCGUCCGCCUCUGAAGCCUUAGCUAACGCUGCUGCUAGCGAAACCGUCUGGCCUGGAAUGGAGCCAGGCGAUUUGCGGGAGAGCCCCGCCGGGUCCGGGGAGUCAGAUACUGGGGAUUGGAGGGAGGUGAUUCCCGGUGGGGAUGGGGAUGAGGAGGUCAAAGCUGCCGAGACCAAUGGAACAGCACUAGAGACAGGGCACAGGGACACCAGCGGGGAAGGCGAAAGUGAAAAACAAAAAAACAUGGGAGAGCAAUUGCACAGUCCCUACGAGGAGGAACUGGACCCCCGGAUCCAGGAAGAGUUGGAGCACCUCAAUGAAGCCAGUGCAGAAAUCAACAGACUAGAACUGCAGCUGGAUGAUGCCAGAUCAGGGUACCGGAAGAUCCUUACAGAGUCUGCCAGGAAGCUGAAUGCUCAGAGCUCUCAGCUUGGCAGCUGCAUAGAGAAAGCAAGACCGUACUAUGAAGCUCGUCGCCUUGCAAAAGAGGCACAGCAGGAGACCCAGAAGGCAGCUUUGAGCUACGAGAGAGCGGUUUCUAUGCACACAGCUGCCAGGGAGAUGGUCUAUGUGGCAGAGCAGGGCCUGAUGGCUGAUGGCAAGAACACCCUGGAUCCCACCUGGCAGGAGAUGCUCAACCAUGCAACCUCUAAGGUGAACGAAGCAGAGGAGGAGCGGCUCCGCAGUGAGAGGGAGCACAUGCGCGUCACACACGCCUGUCAGGAAGCUGAGGCUCGUGUUCAGAUGCUGCAAAAGUCUCUCAAAAGAGUCAUCCUGAAGUCCAAGCCUUAUUUUGAGCUCAAGGCCCAGUUCAACCACAUACUGGAGGAGCACAAGACCAAAGUGCUGCAGCUAGAGCAGCACGUAGCCAAAGUGAAGACCCGCUACUCCAUCGCCCUGCGAAACCUGGAGCAAAUCAGCGAGCAGAUUCAUGCUCAGAGGGGGAGGGACCAGGCCGAGGGAGGGCGCCCCACUGUGUGCGCUGGGCGUAGUCCCCCCGUUGGAGCCGAGUCCGAUGUCAAAGUUCAGGAAGAAGGUGGGGCCUGCGGCGGUGGUGCCACUGGGAAAGAUCGAGUGGAUGCAGCCAUUGACCUGGUAGAGAAAUACAAGGAGAAGGAGAAUGAAAAGGAGAGGGAGCGAGCUGGGUCGGAUUCCCUCUCGGUCUUCAGCCUGCAGACCAUCGCUUCUGACUUGGAGAAAUAUGACUCCAUCGAGCACCUCGGGGACCUCAGCGAUGUAGGGAGCGUAACGGGGGAUGAGGUGGAGAAAGAGAGAGGCGGAGUGAUAGACAGAAGAGACAAGCUGACGGAAACCACGGCCAAAGAGCGCCAGCAGCAGUUCUAUAAGCAGCACCACCGAAGCUUCAGCUUGUGAGGCUGCCACACAGAUAACUGCUCUAAACACUGCAAAAGUAAAAUGUGAGUUAAAAAAAAAAAAAAUACAAA